GCACAAGAGGAGUGCUUAUCCCUCAGAGAACGUUACCAGCAACUGAAGGAAGAUUUCCAGUUCAACCUUGCCAUCCUGGAUGAACGAGACAGAGAGCUGGAGAGAUAUGAUGCCCUAACUUCAAGUGCUCUGACCGAGGAGAAAAAACGGCAGGAGGAGCUGAACCACUUCCAUAUGCAAGUCGCUGGGCUGGAGGAGCAGAGAACCAGAGCGGCUGAGGAGAGGCAGGAAGAGCUCAGGAAAAGCCGGCACAAUGCUGGUCAGCAAAGGUUACAGCUGGACGAGCUCAAGUGGUGAGUCAGGGAGUAUCAUUUGAGAGUACUAAACGGAAAAAGCCAAAAAAAGUUGUGAUUAGUGUCGGCAUAUUCUAAAUGUACCAUCGUAGUAUUGGCAAUAAAGGGAGUCUUUGUUACUGACAGAGGUGAGAGUUAAAAGUGACAACUCCUUAAUAAUAACUUCAUGUCUUAGUCAUAUUCAGUCUGUUUUUCUUUUGAAUCAAACAUACAAAUGUAAUCAACCUUGGAGAUGGGCUCUGCUGCACAUAGUAGUUCCAACUCUGCUGUCCAGAGAUUUGAUUUAUAAAUACAGUGCACUUGCAAAACAGAAUGACCCAAAAGCUACAUUUCCCCUCAGUGUGAAAUAAAUGUUCUUGUUGGGAGGGUUAAAUCAAGGCCAGUUUAUUUGUAUAGCACAUUUCAACAACAAGGCAAUUGAAAGUGCUUUACAAAACACAUUGAAAGCAUGCUGAAAAAAACUUAAGAUAGAGUACAACAUGUAUAAAUUACAAACAUAAAAGUUCAGUGCAGUGUAAGAUAUAAAUAGUUAUUUGAUUUAAUUGAAAGCAGCGGCUUUCAAGUUGUAUCAGUCCUGCAGUUUUCUGGGAGCUUGUUCCAGAUAUAUGGAGCACAAUAAUUGAAUGCUGCUUCUCCAUAUUUAGUUUUAUUUCUGGGAACAGAAAGCCGACCCGUCCCAAAAGACCUGAGAGUCCUGGAUGGUUCAACAUGUAGCAAGAGAUCAGAAAUGUAUUUAGUGCUUUAUAAACCAGCAGCAGUAUUUUGAUUUCAAUGAUUUGACACUCAGAAAUUCAGUGUAAAGACCUCAAAACUGGAGUGAUGUGAUCCACUUUCUUGAUCAGCAGCACCAUUCUGAAUAAUGUGGAAGCAGUCUAAUUGACUUUUUAGGAAAACAACAAUUCAGUAGUCAAGUCUUCCGAAGAUGAGUGCAUGGACAAGUUUUACCGAAACCUGCUGGGAACAUAGAUCCUUUACUCCUUGAUCUAUUCUUAAUGUAAUAGAAGGCUGUCUUUGUUAUCAUCUUAAAUGUACUGUUGAUAUUCAGGUCCGAGUCCAUGACUGCACCUAGGUUUCUGGCCUUUGGGUUUUACCAUUGCCGAGCAUUAACUUUCAAUGUUCUUUGGCUCCAAAAACAAUUAACUUAGUUUUAUCUUUGAUUAAUUAAUGUAGGAUUAUCAAACCCACCCUCAGUAAAAUAAUACCGAAUGGGAAAACUGACACGUCCAACAAAUGAUUUGUUCAAUGCUUAUACUCUGUGCUUGUAUUGGACCAUAGUCUCCCGGUGAAAUGUUUAUGUACAUUUGUGUGUCGUCUGCAUAGCUAUGUUAACUUAUGUUAUUGUUUUUAGUAAUCUCAACCAGUGAAAGCAUGUAGAUGUUAGAGAGAAGAGGCCCCAUGAUGGAGCCUUGAGGUACUCCACAUGUCACAUUUGUCCUCUCAGAUGUGAAGUAACCUAUAGAGACAAAGCUCCUGGCAGGAAGUCUAACCCAGUUUUCCAUUUGGCCUACUAAUGUGUUGUGGUCAAUUUGGCGAAAUGCAGUACUGAGAUCUAUGACCAAAAUCUGAGAUUCUGCGUGUGGAUGUCAUUGAUGUACUCAAUGAUACUUACUGCAAGGUUUUAUGGGGCCUCUAGUGUAGAGAUUGUUCUUUUUUGAAAAGGUUUUGCUGAUUGCAGUUUUCAAGGCCUGUGGGAAAACACCUGAGAGAAUAGACAUGACAAAUUGAAGCUGAUCUGAGGCCAUGCAAUGUAAAACAUUUUUUAAAAGCCUGUUGGUCGAACAUCAAGGCAGCAGGAGGAGGAUUUUAGUUCCUCCAGGCUUUUAUGGUUGAUCAGAAAUUGUUGUGUCAUGGUGUUUGAAUUGAUUUUAAGUGGACACAAAGAAACACAUAUCCUAUCUUGAUACGUAGUCACUGACCACUUGUAUAAUUUUCAAUUUUGCAGUAAAGAAGAAGCUAACUAAUUUCAGGCCCUGGUGGAUAGUAGUUAAUGGCUUCUAAUACUGUUGGGUUUGUUAGUCUGUUGACAUUAGCAAACAAGGCACAUGCAUUAUUGUUUUUGGCGAUGAUGUUGAAGAAGAAAUACUGCCAUGCAUUUCUCAGUCCCAAAUGAUAAAAACAAAGUCUCUCUUAUACAUGUCACAAUGAACCUGAAGAUUUGUUUUUAGCCACCAGCAUCAAGCUUUUCAACACUCUUUUUUUAUUCUUACUAGCACAACAUUUCUCCAUGGAGAUCUUUUCUUGCCAGAGACUUUCUUUAUCUUGUGUGGGAGUCGAUGCAUAGUUAUCGAGAACACAACACAGUUCUCAAGCCCUUUCUGUCCUAGGGGAUGUCAACAAUAUGAUUACACAGUCAAUGUCAAUAUAUACUAUAGACAACAAUUCAUUAAAGUAAUAGAAAAAGGUUGUACAGUAUUUGGGUGGCCCCGUAGAUAUCGUUGUUAAGAUAUCUGUUUGCAUUGAAAGGAAUGAUAAAACAAAAUAGUCACUCCUGCUUUUCUUAUGCACUCUAGUCUCACUCCUAAAACUAUUUAUUUUAGUCAAACAAGUAUUAGUGAGGUCAAGAAUGGGCUCAUCAUUGAUCAAAAAGUAGUUUUCUUGCCAAAGACCUGAGGUUUAAUAAAGCUAGUACAAGUUAGUUAAAUUACAAUACUUCCAACUUGUUGUGACAGGCCACAGCCAAACAAAAUACUGUGGAUAAGGAGUUGAUGCUAAAUAUGUUGUUGAGCGCUUGGCUUGUUUCUUAGAAGGUUCACAAUUAUCUUUGUACUACUUAUCAAGACGGAUAAAGAGGCUACUGGAAUACGGGGCCCAUGAAGAGUCACUGGUCCCAUCAGAUGAUUGUUGCAAAUGUUGUUUAGUAGAGAAGGGGUUAAGUUUCAUCUUAUCAUUAAGUUUAAACUGGAUGAGGUUUUUUGGAAGACGGGUGUAGACUCUCCCACAAUGAAGACUCUCCUUAGGCGGGGGCUGGGGUGGUUCUCCAAGGUUUCUGCUGCACUUAAUCUCUGUCUCCUGUUUUCAUUCCUCUUGUCCUUUGUCCUUGUCUGACUGUCAGUAGAGGGUUCCUGAUGAGCACCUCCGACUUUUCAAACAUCCUUUAUUUUAGUGUGAAGUGCAAUGUUUUUCACAGUUGGGUGUUCAGCCCUGAUAUUCAGCACCCUUUCUGCCCAUUCAGAGAACAUUGGCCUGCACUCGGAAGCAGGGUUUGAGGUUUGUGUGGUGUCUUAAGUCCUACACCGGUGGUUCAAUCUAAGUGGGGUAGAUCACCUGACCUACUCCUGAGCAAAUUGAGCCUGCUUACCGCGUUAAAUUACCUUUUUAUAUGUAUUUUUGGGGAUGAAUAAAGUAGGAUAUAUCUUCUAUUCUACUUCACGAAAAUGUAUCCAAGCAACACAUUCAGUCGAUGAAACAUUCAAACUUAAUUCAAGUCAGAUUUACUCGUUCCUUAGACGGGACCUGUUCAUGAGCAAAAUUCUUUGUAUUUUUCUGAUAUUAUAGUUUAUUCUUCAUUCAUGAAGUAUUAUGCCAUGCUGACAGUACACUUGUAUAUUUGUGAUUAUUUGAGAAUUGCUACUAACCCCGCAUUUUUCAUGUGAACGUGUUCGCUGCCAUACUGAUAAACACUGGGCUGAUUUAUCAAGUUGAUAACCAGCUUAGGACUGUUUAGUGGGAUUGUGUUUUUUAGAAUUAGUUUAGCCAGCCAGAUAACACACAUAUAUUCAGGGUAUGUUGAACUGGCUUUGUAGUAAAGGCCUCAUAUCCUUGUAAAAACAUUGUGUAUCAUGUUGUUUAAAAUGCCUAUGCUUUUUAAAUCUUUUACUGCAGCCUUUUGCUUUCUGAGUUACUUUCAGUCCUCUCCCUGCUGUGUGAAAAUUAGAAGUUAGCCAGGUCUGUUGCACUGGCCAGGGUAGGAUUUUCACGACAAUGCCCCUCAGUCUGGCUGUGAGGCCCCAUAAAUAAUUGUACGUCCUACGGCCACCAUGGCCUUUGUGCCCCUCACACUGUUACAAUCUCGAAGUUGCUUUAAAAGCGUCAGAGCAGUGGUCUGGUCUCUGAACUGCAUUAGCCAUGCUGCGUUCACAACAGACGCGAUGCGAAUAUUUGCAUUGCUCUAAUCGCUGGAGUUUCACUGCAGCUGUCAGCUGUGUUAUUCAAACAGGACGCGCUGGAGAGGGGGGCGGGGCUUAUCUCCAUGUAAAUACUGUGGUAGACUCAACUACAACAAAAUUAUAUGAGGAGCUGUGAGCUCUGAGUGCUAACAGCUAAUGUUUUCGUUUUCUGAUUCAACGUCAGUGGCUGAGAUCCUCACUGCUGAUUGGCUACCGUGAGAACUUCUCACGCGAAUUUGAGGCUCGAGUUGAAAAUUACACACACACACACACACACACACACUUUUGCAUUUCAAAGUAUUGCUCGUUCAUACAGUUGAUUGUUUGAGCUUCACUGUGCACUGCUGAAUGAUGUAUGUGCAGAGUUGGACCCUUGAAGGCUGUUUCUUCUGCUCUGAAAUGGAAUAUAUUUGUUACAUAUUAAUAGAAUUUUAGAUUUUUAGAUUUGAUUUUGGAUUUGUGAAUCGGAGAAGUAGUAGAUAGAAAACAUACCAAACACUAAUUAUUCAAAGUAGAGUAUUUUAUUUUAUACACGGUAAUACUAAGGAGGCAUAGGCCUAUAUAUGAUGAUAUAAUGUUUGACAUUAUUGAUAUUAAAAAAGUGUACAAAAUUUGUUUUCUAUGUCAUUCGUGUGUUUUUCUUAUAAGUUAUUUAUUUGUAAGCUCCAAAUCCAAAUGUUUCCCUCAAUGGCCUUUGUGGCCUGGCAUGUGGCCUUCGUGCCCUACAAGUAAUGGUGACACCAAAGGCCAAAUAGCCUUGCCCCUAAAAUGACGAAAUUCCAAGCCUGGCACCGGCUGUUUGUAAAUUCUAAAUUAGCCCAGGCAAUGCUAUACAUUCAAUUCCUACAAAGUUGUCUCAGGACAGCCAGCCAGCUAAUCGCUGAUCAGGGUCAGGGUCUUCUCGGAUUCACUCUGUAUUAUACAUAAUUCUUAGAAAAACUCUAUAAACUCUGCUUUUGAGCCUCUCCAAGGUGCCACCAUCUUCUCAAAACUCGACCUCAGAAAUGCAUACCACCUGGUUCGUAUCCACCAAGGAGAUGAGUGGAAAACUGCCUUUAACACCCCUCUUGGUCACUUUGAAUAUCUAGUCAAGCCCUUUGGACUCACUAACGCCCCAGCUCUUUUUCAGGCCCUAGUUAAUGAUGUCUUGCGAGAUUUUCUCAACCAGUUUGUUUUUGUGUACCUUGACGACAUUUUGAUCUUUUCCAAGAGCCUGGAGGAACACCAGAACCACGUCAGCCAGGUUCUUCAGAGGCUGCUUGAGAACAAACUGUACAUCAAAUCUGAGAAAUUGGAGAGAAACUAUGAUGUGGGCAACAGGGAGCUGCUGGCGGUGAAGAUGGCGUUGGAGGAGUGGCGAGGGCAGCGAGCUGCCAUUCCUAAUUUGGACUGACCACAAAAACCUCGAGUACAUCCAGUCAGCCAAAUGGCUAAACUCCCGACAAGCCAGAUGGGCCCUCUUCUUUGGUCAUUUCAACUGCUCUCUGACAUAUCGCCCUGGUUCCAAAAAUACCAAGCCUGAUGCCCUGUCCAGGUCGUUCACUUCUGUGGGACCAGUUACCUCUGUGGACUCUAUUCUCCCCCAGAGUUGUGUUGUGGGUGCCCUCACCUGGGAGAUCUCUAACUCUAUCCAGGAGGCGCUAUUGGAGCAACCAGACUCAGCCUGCACUACAUGUGCUAGGAGCAAGGCCUCCCAUCAGAGACCUGCGGGAUUGCUCCAACCCCUUCCAAUUCCAAGUCGACCCUGGUCUCAUAUUGCUCUGGACUUUGUCACCGGCCUACCUCCCUCACAAGUUCUAUGGCUACUAAAAUCCAAAAGCAAACAGAGGAAUAUGAAAGGAUGAAAUGGGAUUCACAGUUUAGGAUCCAAGAGUUGGCAGGAGAGCUGACCUUACAGAGACAGGAGACGACAGCAGCUUCUGAAGCUGAGCUCAGACAGCGGGAACAUGAGUUCAACUUGAAAAUGGAUGAGAUGCGCGCUGUGGUGCUGUCUUGUGAUCUCAAGGUGAAGCUGCUGUCCAAAGAGACAGAAGUUCAGUGCCAGGCUCACGCUGAGUCCAAAGAGGCUCUGCUAGCCUCCCAGGUGUUCUGUGAGCAGCUCCGAAGCCAGCUGCUACACAGAGACCAUGAGAUCAGAGACCUCACUGCUGCUAAGGAUUGCAGGAUAAAGGAGCUUGAGGACAAGCUGAAAAGGAUGGAGACCAAAUUGAGGAAAGAAGAGAGUAACCACAUUAAGAAAUGUGAGGAUGUGAUCCGGGCUCUGAAGGAGUGUGCUCUGCAGCUGGAGGCUCAGUAUCAGGCCCACACAGAGAAGCUGCAGGAGAUAGAGAAACGCGUUGUUAAACUACAUGAGAAUGUGGAGGUUCUGGCUGCACGGGUACGCUGCAAACUGAAGGACCAACAGGAUGCCAUGGAUCUGAAAGAUGAGACCAUCCAGAGGCUUCGCACAGAGGUUGAUGGAACCAGGACUGGCUGGGACAGGCACAUUAGUCAAUUCUCUAGUGAGAUGGUUGUCAAGGAUACAGAGAUAAUUUCCCUGCAGGAGAGAGCAACCAAAUGUAGGACUGAGCUGGAGAGGAGCAGGGAGGAUAUUGAAAGGUACAAGCAGCAGCUGGGUGCUGGUUUGCAGAGAGAGAAGGCGCUAGAACAGAAGAAAGUCCAGGUUGAGCUGGAGUGGCAGAGACGCUGUGAAGAUAUGAAGGCCCAACACUACCUUGCUAAUGAACAGCUAAUACAAGAGCUGACCCAGGCUAGAGACCAGGCUAAAGCAGAUCUACAUGAGAAAGAACAAGAUCUGCAGGACUUGAGUGUCUUACUACGGUGUGUAAAAACAGAGAGAGACCAGGCACUGCAGGGUGUCACACCACAGGGCGGCUCUCUGGCAUCAGAAGAGAUCCAUCGUCUACAGCAGCAGAACAGCAGUCUGCGGGCCGUGAUUACCCAGAUGAGGAAGGACAUGGAGGGUCUCAUUCAUCUCCUUCCCCAUCCACAGCCACAGGCCUCCACUCCCCUUCCAGUUAAACAUCCAGGAGCCCCUGCCCCCCCCUCCCUCGCUCCUACAACUGACAAUCAGGUGGCCACUGGACCAACGGGGCAAUCCACUGACACAGGCAGGCUGGAUCAGGUGUCUCUCCUGAAGGCUCGAUGCAGACACUUAGAGGAGCAGCUGGAAGCCACGGGUAAAGAGAAUCUGGCUCCUUUAGUUCCGGACAACACACACCUCCAGAACCAGGGACUAAAGCAAGGUGUUCUGCUCUCAGAGAAUGGUGCCGACCCCUCAGCUCUGGACAGGCAGGAGGUCAGAGUGGCACAUAUUGAGUCUGCUCUCGCCAAACUAAUGAAACAGACUGCGCUGGUACGACAGCUGCAGGAGGAGAACCUGUGUUUGAAGCGGCAGCAGACCCCAGGUCAGAUGUCUGGCAGCCCUUUAGAAGAUGUGCAGGGUGCUGAAAACAAACGUCCUGUCCUGCACAGCAGACUGAAGCAGGCUGCAUCCUGUAUCGCCCGGCUGAGCAGAGACAAGCAGCAGCUGAUAGAGAUGGGGAACCGCCUCCGGGCCCAGAUCACCACUGCUGGACCACAGGCAGAAUCAGUGGAGCCGGAGCGAGACUCUUUCACAGAGAACCAAGGAGAGCAUCAUGACCGGCUGUCUGCUCUGGAACAGCUCCAGUACCAGCUCACCACACAGGAGCUGCAGUAUGCACUGAGACAGCAACACCUUCCACCUUCCACCAACCGAGGGCCCUCCACUGAAGGGGCUGCUAACCCUCGGUCCCAGGGUCACACACCCUCAGAAACACCUGAGAGCUCAAAGACCAAAGAGAAGACAGUGAUCCAGUCUCAGGGCUCCAUGCAGCUCUCAGGUGUGUCCAGGUCUCUGCUGUCCUCAGAGGACUCCCUGCAGUCCUUAAAGGAGCUGUGGGAGAAACUGGACCAUGGAUUCAGUUUAUCAAUGUUAUCAGAAGGUGAGGCUGAGCUGAGCAGGAGGAAGGUGCAUGAGUCUGGAGUGGCAGGAGCUGAUGGUGGUGCUGGGGUCCAGAUGACGGCGGAGGGUACCCGGGCUCCCGUCCAUAGUCGGCUCGCUACUGAGGUCCAGCAGAAGAGGAUCCCUUCUAAAACACCAUCAAACAAGAGGAUGUGCAAGAUCAGAAACUACAAUGUGAAAAGUUGACACACCCAAAAGGGACAAUCUGUCAGUAAACUUCUCAUGGGGAGUCCGACUGGUACUUUUAUAUAUACUAUGGCUCUUGAGGAGCUUUGUCAAGGUUAAGAAAUGAAACCUGAUUAUGUCUUAGAUUACAAUUUAGGAGCUUUUUUUAAGGCUCCUUCCAGCAUCAGAGCUCACAUGGCUGACCAGUUAAGGGACCACAGUUCAAAUGAACAUAAUAGGUUUUAAGUGUAUGUCUAUUAUCCUCAACAUUUUAUUUUCUAAAUAAUGUUUUGUCAGUAGUCUCCUUUGGGCGGCUGUGGCUCGGGAAGUAGAGUGAUCCCACACUGAUCAGGAAAGGGUUGGAAAAUACAACCUUUUUCCCAGAAUGCAUUAUUUUAUGUUGGGUCUUUAGAGUAAAAUGCCCUUUUCUUACUUGAUGUGAUUUCUCAGAAAUACAACUCCUAUUUACAGUGACUCUCCUCAUGCAGAAAUAAUAGGGGGGGUAAUAGUUUUCUGCCACUCCAAUGGUCGAUGGGUCCAUCCCUGAAUGGAAGACAACAUCACAAAGUGUUCUUGGGCAGGAUUCUAAACCCAAAAUUGCCUCUGUAGGCAUGGCAAGCAGUGUGUUUUAUAUCUGUAAAAGUAUUUUUAAAUCACUUUGAAUAAAGCGUGAAAUAAUA